AUGCGGUCCAGUAUCGCUUGCGCUCGAUGCCGGCGCAGUAAAAUCAAGUGCGUCAACUCCGGCAUCGAUACCACCUGCCGCGCGUGCGAAUCCUCCGGCCGAGACUGUGUCUACCCAACCCCCGCCAUCGGUGUAGGUGGAAAUAAGCGAGAUUUGGCCGCUCUGGUCGACGGAGAUGAUCGAAAUGGGGACUGGGGAGAUGGACCGAAGCGACCACGCCAGCGCAAGAUCCCAGGCAUAACAGGGUCUUCGCCAGGUUCCAAAACCGGCCUGGAUGCCUUGGAUGCCUCGAUUCUAACCGCCAAAGUCUGGGAGGCCGUCUUCGAUCUCUUCCAGUCACAUUUCGCUACUCACCUACCUUUCCUCCACCCAGCGACUUUCCUCGGUCAAACCCGACAAUUGUCCACCCCGGCUCCACCAACCCCGGUCCAGGGAGAAGGCCAGGAAACUGUGCGCAAUGUGGCCUUCAAGGCUGACCCAUCUUCGUCAUUAAUCCCGCUGGGUGUCCUCGCAUUAACCGCUCGAUUCCAUCCACCUCUUGUCGCAUUUCACUCCCCCGCGUCUCCGGGCCACCCGUCGAACCCGCUUGCAGCAUCGGAAUUCUACGCGACAGCUUUGCGCAGCCGGCUGGCCGGCCUCGAUGGCGCAAGCCUCGCCGUACCGGAUCUCGCUCGAAUCCAGGCACUGCUUAUGUUGGCACUCCAUGAAUGGGGUAUGUGCCGCGGCAAGAGCGCAUGGGUAUACGUUGGAAUGGCUAUUCGGCUUGCUCAAAGCAUGGGCUUACCAUUUGAGCUGGAGAAUGAGUUUCCCCCGCGAGAUUACUCCCGCUCCUCGCCAGGUUUAAAGGCCGAGGCCGAUCAUUUCGGUCUUCUCCGUCGAAUGGAACCAAAGGAGCAGACAUCAGAUGAUAUCAUUGCACAAGAAACAAAGCGUCGAACCUUUUGGGCAUGUUUCAUCCUGGACCGGUGUCUGAGCAGCGGCAAGUAUCGUCCGCGUAUGAUCAACGUCCGGGAUCUCGGAAUCCAACUUCCGAGUGAUAAUGCUUUUGCUUUUGGAGAGCGGGUUCGGACGGCCCGACUAAAUGAGCCGACUGUGCGUCGCCCACAAAGCUUUGGAGCCCAGGGUGUUCAAAUCCCAAGUAUUCGGCAAAGCUUCAGCUUGAGUGAUGACAAGAUUCCUCCCUCAAAUGGUACCCCUGAUGGCAAGGCUUGGUCUCCGAUCUCAAGGCGUAAGGACUCGAGUGAGGAAGACAUUGAUCGAUGGGAGAUUGGUGCCGAAGAGUCGGUCUUGAGUCGAGUGAUUCGGAUCAUUCGCAUCUGGGGAAGCAUCUCCAAGUGGUCUUGUGCGGGCGGCCGAAGAGUGGAGCAGUAUCCUCCAUGGCAUCCAGAGUCCCGCUUUGCAUCACUGCGGAUGCAGUUAAAUGAGUUCCAGGACAGUCUCUCCCGCAAUCUCCAAUACUCCGCCCGAAAUACCGAUACCUACAUUAUGUACAAGACCACGCUGGCCUCUUAUACUGUCAUGCAUGUGGUCUACUUUUUGUCGGUUAUCGUUCUGCACCGUGCUUAUGUUCCAUUCUUGCCCCUCCGUUGCAACGAGCCCAUCGGCCCCUUGGACGAACCAUUAUUGCCUUCUGACAAGGUCAAUGGCCCACCCGAGGGCUUCUGGCGGGAUAGCGCUCGGGAAUUGUCCAAGGCGGCUCGUCAAAUGAUUGACCUGGUCGUGACCUGCCAAGGCCGCGGCGCUCUUGUUGAGAACCCCCUUGUUGGCUUUGCGAUCUAUAAUGCUACUUUCUGUGGUGUUUAUAGCUCCCAUUUCCCGCAUAUGGACCCCGACGGUCUUUUGGCCGCAAGAGCUCCUCCCGCUAGCCAUGACAGCCAUUUACCCGGCGCCGUGCAAAUUCGCAAGUCUCUGGAUAUCCUCCGAGAGAUGCAACCACGUCUCAGAAUGGCUACUGGGUGGUUCCGUACUCUCAACCGUCUUUACAGCUACUUCACCAAGGUCAAGCGAGAUUUCCGCCGUUACUCCCGCAACCGUCUUGAUAGCAUGUCGGACGUUUCUGAUCACGGAGGCAUGAACGGCGUGCGGCCAAUUCGGGAAGGUGGCCUUGGUGGUGGUUUGGAGGAGUUCAAGCUCCUGGAGAAGCUAUUCCUCGACUUUGGGUCCAUUGAGGAUCAGCUGCACGACUCAAUGGAGGAGGAUGGUAUGGCAAUGGUCAUGGGCGGAGAGCUGAUGCCCGACCGCAUGACAAACCUCAGCGACGCUGGUAGCAAUGCUGUUAAGAGUGAACUUGGGGAUAUCGGCGACCAGCAACUGGACGGUGCCGGCGGUCGUCGCGAGUCAUGGGUGCCCAUCAACAGUCCUGGCCUGCCUAUGCCCACCCACGAAGGAGAUCGCCGCCCGAGUCUUCCUUUGCCCAACACAAACCGCCCCAUGCCAUCGCAAUCCCCUUAUUCCCUACCAUCUUUGCAACAGCACCACCCGGAUGGCCCUAUGUACACAUCUCCUCCCAGCCUGCCCUCCUUGGUAGCCACUACUCAAUCUCCCUCGCAAUAUCUGACUGCAACAACCAACCGCCUACAACCCAUCAACUCCUGGCUUCCUACCCGCCAGAACGUACCUCCUCCAUACUCGCAGUCGCUGCCACCCAUCAACGCUACUGCACCUCAUGCACCUGUCCUCCCGCCACCAGGCUCAGUCGCCCAACUAGCCCCAUCACCACCCUUGACCUCAACAGAGGGUCCCGAUACUGGACUCAUGUCGACCAGUCUCGGCGGUGAUGAUGUCAUGGCCUUCCUGGAUGGAGGUGACUGGGCACAGCUAUCAAUGAUGCAACCCUCGGAAGUGGGCAUUCCCAUCGGAUGGCUGAGCACCGUAUGGACUACGUUCAGUCGAUAG